UUAAAGUCAACGAUGGCCUACAAAAAAUAUCCACGAACUUUUUUCAUCUUCACAGACAUGAAUUGCAGCAGACUAUUUCUAUAGAAGGGUUUAGAACUCUUAGUGAUUAACAAGAUGUUCAUGUGUCAUGGCGAUGAGGAUGGAUAUGUCCCUCCCGGAGAACCCCACCCUCCUCAUGUCACUGUUCCCUCAAACUUGACCGAGAUCAAGGAGGAGAUUGACCAGAUGGACGAAGAGUGCUUUGGCUGGACAGCUGCCAGACAUUAUCUCGAAUACAUUACCCUCGAGGAGUAUUUCGAUCGCCUAAUCGAUCAUAUCCGAGAGGGCGGGACCCGACAUAAAUGGGAUAAGUCCAAUUCAAAUAUUCCUGAUGUUUUGAACGUCGACUUGAUUGCCGGGGCCUUCAAGGCCAGAAUGUUGAAAAGAAACUUAGGAAGGAUAUCGCAUGCAGAUGGCGAACAGCUCAAAGCCUUGUGUGUUCUUUUCUACCGCGAGGCGGAUCUUACCGAGCUACAACGUCGCGUCGAGCUCGAAAUCGGAGUAACACUGGCCUCGCUUCCACCCUGGAUUAUGGAUAUCCUAGGCAUCAUCGCUUACGCGCGUCGGCACGUGGAUGUUCUCGAGCACCUGGUUAAGAAUUACAGGGCUUCUUCAACGAGAGCUAAGAGCAGCUUCGACCUGCUCGGCGUGUCCGUCCUAUCCAGCCGCAAGGGCCGUAGCGAAAAGUUCCAGCACUCUGCCAAUACCCCGCUCAAUCGCGAGAUAGAGUAUAAGAUGUGGACAACCCUAUUAAACUCUGAACCCAAUACCUGGCUUCACUAUCCUAUGUACGAGCGCAAAACGAGCGGAGGUAUACCGGAAGGUUUGUAUUACGGUCUGCAUUGGCUAGCAGACUAUUGGAGGGGCGAUCAUGAGCUCCGUACCUCCCCGGCGUUUGCUGAUUACCUGCGCGCGUUGGGUGCAAGAGGCAUAAUCCUCAGCGCGGUCACCAUCGCCCGCUUCCUCUCCGUCACCGAGGGUGGCAAUAUCGACUUUACCAGGGGCGGGCCGUUCGUACCCGUCGGCAUCGAGCCUGCUCGCCUUAUGUUGGAAUGCUUCCCGCUGGGGGAUUCGAUGUCGAAGGAUUAUCCUAAUGGCGACUCGGCAAAUCUUGCGCUUCCUAUUACGCAGUGGCCGAUAGAUAACCCAGACAGACUAGUGGUCUUGCAGAUGCUCUUAGAGCAAGGAUUGGUCGUCGAUGGCAAGGUCGCGGAAAUGCCAUGGGGACAUUUGGGCCCUCAGCCGGAGCACCAGAAAUAUGACACUUGCUUGAUCAAGGCGGCCGAACGUGGUGACAUUGAUAUGGUCAAGUUGCUACUCAGGUAUGGGGCAAAGAGAGAUAUGCAGGGUGCGCAUGGACAUACGGCCGCACAGCGUGCGAAGGAGAAGGGACAUACAGAAGUCGCCAAUUAUUUGGAUGGUCUAUGAGGUCAGAAAAUCUAUACCAACUAAACAUACACAUAAGAUUAUAGCUGCCUGCCGACUAUGCCUAGGUAUGUUCAGCGCAAGGAAAUAUUGU